AUGCUGCAGUUUACUUAUUCUAAUACAGACAGCGAUUCCUUCUGCCAUCAGAUGUCUUUCUGCUUGACUGAACUGCACCUGUGGUCUUUGAAGAAUACCUUACACAUUGGGGAUAGAGACAUUGGAAUCUACCAAUAUUAUGACAAGAAAGAUCCACCAGAGCAUGGUAACUUAGAAGAAAAGCAGAAGCUAGCAGAAUCACGAGAUUAUCCUUGGACGCUCAAAAACAGACGCCCAGAAAAACUCCGAGAUUCACUCAAAGAAUUGGAGGAGCUGAUGCAAAACAGUCAGUGUGUGCUGAGCAAAUGGAAGAACAAAUAUGUCUGUCAGCUCCUCUUUGGUUCAGGUGUGCUGGUGUCCCUAAGCCUUUCUGGGCCACAGCUGGAGAAAGUGAUGAUUGACAGAAGCCUGGUGGGGAAGCUCAUCUCAGACACCAUCAGUGAUGCUCUUCUCACAGACAAUUUUAUCAUCUUAUCAUUUUUGGCACAAAACAAACUAUGUUUUAUUCAGUUUACCAAGAAGAUGGAUUCCCCUGAUAUAAACAAAAGACUGGAAAAACUCUCAGCCUUGGAUUAUAAGAUUUCCUAUUAUGAAAUACCUGGCCCGAUCAACAGGACAACACAGCGUCAUCUAGCUAUCAAUUGUGUUCAGGAUAUAAUUGUUUGUUGGUGGCCACUGGUUAGUGAUGAUGCUUGGCCUUGGGCUCCCAUUUCUUCUGAGAAGGAUAGAGCCAAUCUGCUGCUCCUGGGUCAUACUCAAGGAAGACUGGAGGUUCUGAGUUCCGUCCGUACAGAAUGGGACCCACUGGAUGUUUGCUUUGGUAUCAAACAACCUUAUCAGGUGUUUACAGUGGAGCACUCCACCAGUGUAGACAAAGAGCCCAUGGUUGACAGCUGCAUCUAUGAAUGUAUUCGGAACAAAAUCCAGUGUGUGUCAGUCACCAGAAUACCACUAAGAUCGAAGGCCAUCAGCUGCUGUAGAAAUGUUACUGAAGACAAACUGAUUUUAGGAUGUGAAGAUUCUUCAGUAAUUCUUUAUGAAACUCACCGUAGAAUAACUCUCUUAGCUCAGGCUGAACUUUUGCCUUCAUUAAUAAGCUGCCACCCAAGUGGUGCCAUUCUGCUAGUUGGCAGCAACCAAGGCGAGUUGCAAAUUUUUGAUAUGGCUCUAUCACCUAUUAACAUCCAGCUCUUGGCUGAAGACCGCUUACCCAGGGAGACUCUGCAGUUCAAUAAAUCCUUUGAUGCUUCCAGCAGUCUUGUUCAAAUGCAGUGGACAGCUCCUCCGAUUGUCUCUCAGAAGCCUAGAAGUGGCAACAUCUGUGAUCUCCUCUUCCUCAGGUUUGACAGAGGACCUUUGGGUGUGCUUUUGUUUAAACUUGGUAUCUUCACUCAAGGACAACUUGGCCUGGUAGACAUCAUCUUCCAGUACAUUCACUGUGAUGAGAUCUAUGAGGCGAUAAAUAUCCUAAGUAGCAUGAACUGGGACACUCUGGGCCACCAAUGCUUUAUCAGCAUGAGUGCCAUUGUAAACCAUCUUCUUAGACAAAAGCUCACUCCAGAGAGAGAAGCACAGCUUGAGGCAAGCCUUGGAACCUUCUAUGCUCCAACAAGACCACUUCUGGAUACAACUAUAUUGGAAUAUAGAGACCAAAUCAGCAAAUAUGCAAGGAGAUUCUUCCACCACUUGCUAAG